UUUCAGUACAGCUUCGGAUAGCCGCGAAGCACUGCUUUUGUUCAAUACGAAUUGUUUACCGAGGCGAUUUUUUUUUUAAAUCCUACGGGGUUAUUAUCGGCGGACAAAAUACAAACCGGAUCUUUUGACAAACCCGUCUUUAAAGAUAGAAGCAAACAUAAAUAAAAAUUUUGCAUUGUAUUGCGGUAAAACAAAACUUUAGUGUAAAUUUUUUUUGGUGUUGUGUUUUUGUGUUAUUUACGUGAAAUGUUUGCUGUUAAUAAUUCGGGUAAGUGAGGUGAUACGGUUUGGAAACUGUGGUGGUGUGGUUAAAACAAUGGCAUGUAUUAAUUCAUAGCUAAAGCGCAUGCAAAAACAAAGUCAAAAUUCCAAAUGUAGCGGGAAUGCAGACGAUAAGGCUAGAGGUACAGUGCUAUGGAUGAUGGACGCAAAUCCCAAACCAAAGACAAAGACAUUGCGUGUGUAAAAACAAAAUGACAUUUAAACUCUCCCGCCAAAGUGAUGUGUGAGUGAACGAAUACCGAACGAACGUAAUGAACGGUUCGGGAACAUGGUGACACUGAUGCCCUGUGGGUACCUCGGCGGCGCCUCACCGCGCUGCAAUCUGGAACACGAGCCUAAGGCAAAGCGAUCCCGGCCGGACGCGGGCACUGAUGUACGGUUAUCAGGCGAAGUCAACACAAGUCCUUGCGAAUCCGAAUCAACGUCAGACUCACCGCCUUCACUACUUCAGGACGCAACACUACCAGCUCUUCUAGUAUCGGGAUCUACGACGCUGUUUCAAAACACAAAUACAUCAACGAAUACUGCAUUAAGUCUGACGUCUGUAGAUAAUCUUGGCUUACCAAGCUCAGAAGUAGAAAGUUGUAGUAUAACGAACGGAUGCGCGACGAGCUCGUCACUAGCCGGUCUGGCUUUACCCUUGACGUCGACCGGUGGAUUGUGUUCGACGACAUCAUCGUCAGCGGUUGCUUGGUUGAUGAAUGAGGAUAGCACGGGAGGUGGUGUUAAGAGCGAGGUGCGAAGCCCGGGGCUUUGCGAAGCAGACGUGGCUCUUUACGGCGAAACGUUACCAUACGACCAGUCCACACUGUCCUACCAGUAUUAUAAUAGUAUGCAACAGUAUGGGAGCGGCGGCACGGCAUCGUCAUACGUCGGCUCGACCCUGUACAACCAACCCUACGCCGCAUACCCGCCAGCGCACAACGCUAAUAACAGGUCGUCGUGCAAAGCGACGCCGACGUAUCUUAGCUAUGGUGUAGGCAGCAUGGGUACCGUACCUAGCAACUUCGCCACGCAACCUUCACCAUACGGCUAUCCUUCUUACAAUAGUGGUUUGACGCAAUCCUUUCCGAACAGUCAACAGGACUACAGUAGUUACACGACGGGUUACGCGGACCACAGUGUAGCACAAUAUGGCGGUUACUACGCCACCCCCAGUUACUCACCCUAUGUGAGCUCACCGAGUAGUAGUGGCAGUGCUGGACAUACUUCUUACCAUCUCGGAGGCACUUUAUCAGAGUCUCCCUCAUCAAUGUUGCCAACUUUAACUGAUACUCCUCUUUCUCCAAUCAAAAACGAAGUGCAUGCUGCUAGUCGGAGAUGUAGAGAAAAUUCUGGUGAGGGCACAGCAACUAGAUCAAGGGGGCGAGGGAGACGGAACACAUCCUCAUCACCGGCACAACAUGUUCCUGAACCGGCCACUGAUAGGGUUUUUAUAUGGGAUCUUGAUGAAACUAUCAUCAUUUUCCAUACUCUACUCACUGGCACAUACGCAACUAAAUAUAAUAAGGAUACCCAACAGAUAGUGCAAUUAGGUUUUAGAAUGGAAGAACUAAUAUACAGUUUAUGUGAUAUGCAUUUUUUCUUCAAUGAUGUUGAGGACUGUGACCAGGAGCACAUAGACGCGGUGGCGGCGGAUGACAACGGGCAAGACCUGUCAGCGUACAACUUCGCCUCCGACGGAUUCCACGCGGGCGCCGCACCUAACACCGGCUUAUGCGCGCCUGGUGUACGCGGCGGAGUCGACUGGAUGAGGAAACUAGCCUUUAGAUACAGAAAAAUUAAAGACACCUACAAUAAUUAUAGAAAUAGUGUCGGAGGUCUCUUGGGUCCAGCAAAACGAGAGCAAUGGCUCCAGCUUCGCGCCGAGUUAGAACAAGCCACUGACAACUGGCUCACACUUGCGUGCAAAUGUCUCAAUAUGAUCAACUCAAGGGAGAAUUGCGUGAAUGUGCUAGUAACGAACACGCAGCUGGUGCCGGCCCUGGCUAAAGUCCUACUCUUCGGCCUUGGCGGAGUGUUCCCCAUCGAGAACAUCUACUCGGCCACCAAAACAGGUAAAGAAACGUGUUUUGAAAAAAUCAAACAGCGCUUCGGCGAUCGGUGUACGUACGUAGCGAUCGGCGACGGGCCCGACGAGGAGGACGCGGCGAAGAAAAAGAACUAUCCGUUUUGGAGGAUAUCGGGCCACUCGGACAUCGCCGCGCUGUACAACGCGCUCGACAUGGGCUUCUUAUGAUUUGCUGCUACUCUGGUACUUUGGUUCUCUUUGUAUUAAAUUUUUUAGAGAAAAUAUGGGGAAAAAAUAUGAAAAUUAUAAUCAGAACACUGGGUUAGGCUACCAGGAUAUCAUAUAUUCUGAUAUCCUGGGGUCAUGGUCAGGGCAAUCAAUCUGAUUACAAAGAUGGAAUAUUGUCCGUCUUAAAAUAUCCGGAAAAUUAGUACCAGUGUGUUCUUAAGAACCUUGUUCUGAUCAGGAAUUGUAAGUCUUCACAAGACAGUAGCAUGUUGGACACUGUACUAGCAAGCGACUUAUAAAUAAUAUAAUAAAUAUAUUAUCAAAACAAAAAGAAAUAUUUUCAAUCAGUACGGUGGUAUAGAAAAUAUCGCUCCCUUGUACUAUCGUAACGAAAAGAGCAACAUAUUAUAACAUUAUUCUCUUUCGUUACGCCAAAAUCUUGCUGAUGAUAUCACAGUGAAGCACUAAUUGGAUGAAAAUAACUUUUAUGUGUGAGCCUGGAACAUUACUGGACCCUGUAAUGUGAGGCUGAAAACAUCCCAUUUAAAAUUAAAAUGUUGUACAAAUACUGUAUAUAGUAACUGUAUAUAGUACUGUAUAUAGUACUGUAUAUAGUAUCUUGUACUGCUUUUUAUUUUAUGAAUGUCGGGUAAAGUCUCGGAUACACUGGCGCGUUUAAGUUUGCGACUUGAAACUAACAGGUCGAAUGGUUAGUGCAACGCAAGACGCAAGUAAAAACGCAAUUAUUAAAGAAAAUCACGGCUAUUCAUCUUUUCAUAUGAAAAAGUUCUGAUGACCGCAUAUUAUGUUUUAUGAAUAAAUACAUUUAUUUUAAUGACUAUCAAACCAUAUCAGUAACGUCUUAGACAUAGGGACUAUUAAGUACAGUUUUGUAAUAUUGUUAAGUUUUUGAGCUUUCAUGUCUCUGGAUCGAGAAAUUAUGGUUUAGUUUAAAGCUCAAAGUCAGCUCAAAACUUACGACGGGAAAUGUUUCUAGAAUUUUUUUUUUUGUAAAUAUUUAUUCAAUUGUAGAAAAUAAAAAAAUAAUACGUUAGGAUUAUUCUAAUUCCAUUCCUACUACGUAAGUUUUUAUAUAAUCUAUACAAUGUACAGAACAUUUUUAAUUUUUAGAAAAUAUAAAUGAACGAUACUUGGAGACUUAGGAAAAUUUUAAAGCGUUUGUUUUUCAUUUGAAAGGAAAAUUGAUUUAAUCGAUUUUAUCAAAAAAGGAUGACACAUAAAAUUAAUUUUGAUGACAACAUUAAACGAUGUAUUUUUUUCCCAGUGGCAAUAAUUUUAUAAUUAUAAAUAUUUUUCUUAUACUCUUUGGCCAACAUAAUUGAUAAAAAUAUUAGUCAACUGAGGGUAUUAUAUUUGUUAUUUGUAUUAAAAUAACAACAAACUAUGUAUGUAUAAUCUAAGUAAGACACAAGCGACUCAAUAUUUUCGUACAAUCUUAAAACAAAUACUCUGUAAACAAAUCCUAACCCAUUUUACACAGUUAUACAUAAGUUCACUUUACGUUAAUUUAAAUUAAGCUUUUAUACUACCAAAUAACCGACAAUAUUACAGCGCUAGUAAAAUGCUUUUUAAUAUUUUUUUAAUGUACAAACUAGUAUUUUUUAUAUCAUUCUUCAAAAGCGAUAAGUGGCUUUUAGUCUUUUUUAAUGAACAAUGGCCAACUUUCAAACGAAUUUUUGAUGACAAUUUAAUAUUUGCGUCUAUGGGAUGAAAAAUAAUUAUGUUAAAGUCAUCGAUCUCCUAUGAAAAUGAAAUGAAAAGUGGAUGCAUAAUCAGCGACCAAAAAACGUCCCCACUCAAUGAAUGCCAAAUACAACUUCUUGGCACUCAAUAUAAGGAGUCUCAUUUGCAAAUUUAACCUUAAUCUGAAUCCUUAAGGUUGAAUUUGCUCUGAAUUUGGGAUUUUAUUGAAUAUUGGACUAUAUCUAAAGGCCUUUAGGUAUAAUUUUCUUUACCAAUAAUUCUAAAAUUGUCAAAGCAAUUAGCCAGUUUUUAAGUGAAAUUUUCUACAUGAUUGUGCGUCCUUUUAUUAUAAGAGGUCAAUAGUUAAAGUAUAGAAAACAAAUUUCUGAAUAGCUUCAUAUUAAGGUUUAUUAAGUCUGGAAUAAAAGAUAUAUAUUUCUGUUUGAAGUUUGUACUAUUUGCUUUAUAAUUACUAUAACUGCCACAUGUUAUCUAGGACCAAGUGCAAUUUUUACUGCGAGCAACGAACGUAGGACGCCACAAAUUAUGUAAGACCUUAUUACAUUUCGCCCUCAUUCGCACGAGAGCUUUUUUAACGGGCGUUAAUAAACUGUUCAAAUACAACAAAAUAAUGCAUUCCCAAAUAUAUGUUCACAUGACAGCGUUUUUAAAACACGAUGUUUUUUUUUUUCGAGCAGUGUUGUAUUUUCAAUUUUGGGCGUUGGAAAUAGACUUCAUUAUGAACGCUUUUUAACGUCAAAAAAUUCUCGUGCGAAUGAGGGUUUCGUGUAGGUCACACCGUGAUAUUCGAAUAUUCAUUUUCAGUGGCUUUUAACUUGAUAAGUGUCAUAUUGACUCUCCAUAUUCCGUUGUUGUAAUAUUGAAUGAGCAAAAAUUAGUGUGAUUGUAGUUGAUUUAAAAGACUUAAAAGGAAUUUUUCAAUUUUGUGCAUGAAUUUUGAAAAGUUUUCGGUUUUUUUAAUUGUUAUACUGAAUACACUGUUACUAUUUUUAAUGUCACAACCUUGUACACUCACUAAUUACCAAUACAGUAAUACAACUUCAUUACCAUUUUGGGUUCCAAAUAUGUAACAAUUACAAACCAAACUCGCACAUAUUGUGUCGCACACAUUUUAUUUUGUGACUAUUUUGUAAAACAUAUUACUUUGUUCUUACUCAUACCUAUAGUUAUUAACUAAAUGUAUUAUGAAACUGCAUUUUUAAACGUCUUAAUGUAUGUUUGAUUAAGCAGACAUUGUUUAAAACGAAAUGUGAAAUCAAUUGACGUACUGAAUCUUAUUGUUUGAGCAACGUGCCAUUUAUGGAACCACAGUAGUUACGCCACAACAUUAGUUUUGGCUUUCUUUGUGUGACUGUACCUACAUGCAUUAAAAGAGAUAUUUUAAAAUAAUUAUGUUAUUAUUAUGCUAUGUAAUUUUGUUUGUCAUGUCCUAAUAUUUUACAAGAAAUAGCAAUACUUUUGUAUAAAAAAAAAUCGAAAAUUCAAAAAAUGUAAAUAACAGUUAAAAUUUUAGAUAUUAAAGAAAUAUAGCUAAUAUGCUAGUGAUAUAAAAUUUGAUUAAAGAGUUAUGAUUAAUCGAGUUGUAAAUAAAAAAUAUAUUAUUUGAUGAUUA